AGUAAUGUAUCUCUUUAUAUGUUUUAAGAUAAAUGCAAAAUUACGCAAUCAUUUAUCAAAUAAAUUUUGUAAAUUCAUGUUUUAACCAUCUUAAAAAAUAAGAGAAGCUUCUCAUGCAGGUAGUUGGUAUAUUGGAAAUGGUAAAUUUAUAAUUAUUACUCUUUAGGUAAUCAAUUGGAUGCCUAAUUAAAUGAAUUCUUAUAAAAAGCCAAAGGAGAAACAAUACCAAACAUAAAAGCAAUUAUAGGACCGUAAAAUAAUUAUAAAAUUUAUAGACAUGCUGGCUUUUCAUAUUCAGGACCAACAGCAGCCUUUGCAUAUUAGCACUUUGUUUAAAAGGAAAAGUAAUAAAUUUUCCUAUUAAAAUAUUCUAGAAUGAGAGUCUUUUUACUUGGACCUUGUCAUCAUACUUAUAUCAAAGGAAUAGGUUUAUCUGAACUUGAAAUGUAUGAAACUCCAUUUGGCAAUAUUGAAUUAGAUUAACCAAGUAUUUAUAUUUGCUGAUCUUUUAGCAAUAAAUCAAAUAAGUGCAGAGUUAAAAAAAAAUUUUGUGUUUACAAAUAAAGAAAUUGAGGAACAAGAGCAUAGUUUAGAAAUGCAUUUACCAUUUAUUUAUAAACUAUUUCCAAAAUGCAAAUUAAUUCCAAUAAUGGUUGGUGCAACUACUGAGUAAUAGGAUGCUUAAGUUGCAAGUGUACUAGUCAAAUAUUUUAUUGAUCCAAAUACUGUAUUUGUUAUAUCAUCUGAUUUUUGUCAUUGGGGGAAGAGGUUAAUUAAUAAUAUUAUCAAUUUAGAUUCCAAUACACUCCUUAUAAUAAAGAACAUGGAGAAAUACAUGAAUCAAUAGCAUAAUUAGAUGGAUAAGCAAUAAAAUUAAUUGAAUCCCAUAAUCUUAAAGAAUUUUAUAAAUAUCUUGAUGAAACAGAGAAUACUAUAUGUGGUAGACAUCCAAUUUGUAUUUUACUAAAUGUAAUCUUGAUGUGAAAAUUAGAUAAUUAACCUUAGCAAAUUACAAUUAAAAACUCAAUUAUCUAAAUAUAAUCAAUCAAAUUAAGUGAUAAAAACAAAUGAUUCAUCUGUGAGUUACGCUGCAUUAGUGACUAGUUUAUUAUGAA